AUUGUUGCAAACAGAAAUGCAUUACGGAGUCGUAGUUCGCUUUGUUAUUUGGGUCUGUUUGGUCGGCUUUACUACUGCCAAAUGUGUUCCUGAAAAAUGUGGAUCGAUGAAUGUGAGUUACCCUUUCUGGAUUGACAAUCAUGAUUGUGGAUACCGUGGUUUUCAGAUCACAUGCAUGAAGGAAAAUUCUACUGGCAUGCUGUCUCCAUACUUUACUGCCUUUCGUGGUAAUCUUACUGGUUUUGUAACUGCUGAUCCAUAUAAGUUUCUUGACGUAAACUCCUUCAAGAUUAUGGAGAUCGAUUAUAAGGGUCAUCUCAUCUUAAAUUCUUCUUUUAUUAAAUCCUAUUCGUGUGAUCUAGGGACCAGUGGUGCGAGAAACUACUUUGAGCUACCUUCAGAUGGGCCUUUCACUCUUUCCAACUCCAAUAGGUUGGUGGUUAUCGGCAACAAAACAUUCGGUAGUUACAGUUUCGGGGAUUUAGGAGAGUCGAGAUGUGUAUCAAUUAACAUUAAAAGUUAUCGACCGUACUGCCGCUAUGGCUGUUGUGAAAUUAACAUUCCAGAUAAUUUGCCCUCCAUAAAUUUCACGGGCGGAGGUCUGUUUCACUUGCCCAAUGAAACCACGUUUGAAUUGCGCAAUGAAAGUGUUUCCGAGUGUGGCUUCUCCACCAUAAUGGACCCGUCGACCUUCACCAUCGUCGACAAUGGAACAAACCUCUUUUGGGGAGAUGGCAUCAAGGCUUCUUAUGGCCUCAACCUUAACUGGGGUAUUGGCCUUCAAAAUUGUUCCACGGCUAAAGCAACGCCCAAUUAUUCUUGUUCCAUGCAUGCAGAAUGCAACGACUCGCCUUCAGGAAAAGGGCACGUAUGCAAAUGUCUGCCCGGCUAUAAAGGAAAUGGUUACACCAAUGGCACUGAUUGCACGGAUAUAGAUGAAUGCCGUCAUAAAUCGUUGAAUAUGUGCGUUGGAGAGGAGAGAGGAGGAAUAUGUCAUAAUUUGGCAGGUUCCUACAACUGUUCAUGUGCAAAAGGAUAUGUGGGAGAUGGCUUUACAAAUGGGAAAGGAUGCACGGAUAUAAACGAAUGUAAUUAUAGAAGCCGGAGUAUGUGCGUUGCAGCAGAGCAAGGGGGAAUAUGCUCUAAUCUGGCAGGUUCCUACAACUGUUCAUGUGCAAAAGGAUUUGUGGGGGAUGGCUUUAUAAAUGGCACAAGAUGCAUGUCCACAAGUUCAAAUCGCCUUGCCUUUGCCGCAAUCAUAGGAUCCGUCUCUUCUUUUGUCCUCGUCUCCUUAGCAGCCUCUCUUCUGGUUUGGCGACUAAAGAAACGCCAUUUGAAACUUGUGGAAGCCAAGUAUUAUCAGCUGUUGCAGCAACACAUACAUUCUACAGUAGGGAGAGAGACCCUGAGAAUUUUCUCUGCCAAAGAAUUGGCAAGAGGUUCUAAUAAUUAUUCAAAUGACAUGGUGUUGGGAAGUGGUGGAUUUGGAACUGUGUUCAAAGGAAUUCUAUUAGAUGGUACUCUUGUGGCCAUUAAAAAGUCCAAUCAAGCUAUCAAUGUAGAGGAUGACCAUGAGUUUCUCAAUGAAGUUACAAUUCUUUCCCAAAUAAAUCACAGAAACAUAGUGAAAUUGUUAGGAUGCUGCAUCCAAGCUAAAUUCCCAUUGCUGGUAUCUGAAUUCGUUCCUAAUGGAACACUGUUUGAACAUUUACACUGCAAGGAGGGAUUUUUGUCUUGGGCUUCACGUCUGCAGAUUGCAAUUGAGACGGGGGAGGCUUUGGCAUAUCUACAUUCUGGAGCAGCUCAACCCAUUUUCCACCGAGAUGUAAAAUCGUCUAAUAUUCUGUUGAAUGAAAAAUUCUCUCCCAGAGUUGCAGACUUUGGGAUUUCUCGUCUCAUCUCCACUUCCAAUAACACACAUGUCACCACUAAUAAUAUAGUGGGAACAAGAGGUUACUUAGAUCCUGAGUACUUCCAAACGUAUCAACUCACCGAAAAAAGCGAUGUAUACAGCUUUGGUGUAGUCCUGGCUGAGCUUUUAACAGCUCUGAAACCCAUCUGUGUAGAAAGGGCCAGCCACGAGUGGAGUUUAUCUAGUCUUUUUCUGUCGAGACUCAGCCACAAUCACCUCACAAAAAUCUUAGAUAGCAAAGUAUUAGAGGAGGAAAAUCUGCAACAUAUGGAAGACGUGGCAAAGAUAGCAAGAGAAUGCCUUCAUUUAGAAAGGAGGAAGAGACCGUCAAUGAAAGAGGUGGUGGAGGAACUUAUUUGUGUAAGAGAUGGCACAAGAAAGACAAAAUUCCAUGACAGUGUGAAUUGUGAGGAUACAAUAUUUGAGCAGAGAAGCAUUUCCAGAGAAGCAUCACAAACUUCAAAAGAAUUCAGGAGUUACACUUUUCCAUCUACAGUGGAGAACACGUCGGAGGAGCCAUUCACUGCACUGAUUGAGAUGUCGACCCUGGCUGUGUGAUUCAGAAAAGUAAAUCAUCAGGCUUCAUCUUUAUAUUAGAAAAAUAUUUUAUUCGGUGUUAUAGAAACAAGGGCUGUAUUCCACCAUAUUUGGUACGACUUUUGUUUGGGGAUUGGUAAUGUAAGGUCCCUAAUCUGUGGUUGUAUGGAGCAGACGGACUAUGUAAAA